AUGACAACGUAAAUUAAAAAGCUUUCAAAGUUAGAUCAUACAAUACCGAUAUAUUCGCCUCGUUCAACCUAUAAACAAAUUUUACAUACUGAUGAAACAUUGCUAGCUGAUUUAACUCUUAAUUUCGAUCCCUUUACCAUUAAUGUCUUGAGAACAGAAUUUUUAAUGAGAUAGGGAUCUAUGGAAGUGACAGAAUUCAUUUUAGUUGUGAAAGAGCAUUUAUUAAGUUGGCAAUUAGAAAUAUCAAACAGAGAUAUUAAAUUGAUUAGGUACUUGAUAUAAUAAUAAGACAACUGGUGAAUCUGUUUGAAGAAAUAGACUUAAAUGGUAAUGGAAAAUUAGAAUGGGAAGAAUUCACUAAUUAUAUAAUAGAAAAAGCAACUGUAUUAAAUAACAUUAAGUCUAAAUAAGAUGAAAUCAAACUUUAUACAAAAUCCAAUAUGAAACCUUUUAAGAAAUUUACUCAAAUUAUUACUCGAGUAAUUUACAUAAAAGAGAUAGAUAAAAUAGCAUUUUUUGAAGAAGGAAGCGAUGAAAUUUAAUUUAUGACACCUGAUGGAGGUUUUGGAUUGAAACCUUUAAAAAUUGUUCCAAUUAGCGACAAAGUCGUGACAACCUAAGCAAAAAAAGAUAAAGAUAAACAAAAUGUAAAUAAAACUAAUUAAGAAUUAGUUUAUCAUUGUUAAGAAGGAAGACACUAUUGAAAAAAAAACAAAAAUUUUAACAAUGCUUUACAUUGAUGAUCCUAAGUAUUAAGUCCUAUUGGCAUCAACUCAUGAUGGUUAUGUAAGAGGUUGGAGAUAUUAAUCUUCAGGAUUCGUUUUAGCGAAUUAACCUGAUAAUGAUGAGGAAAUGAUUGAACACCAUUUUAAUAAUGACAUAUACAGUAUGACUUGGGAUGGAAUUAAUGAAAUUUUAUAUUGUGGUUAGAAAGAAGGUUAAAUUAAUAUCUGGAACUUGAAAACUGAUACUGAAACAUAAUUGUAAAGCGAAGCUGGUCAUACUGAUGUAGUUAUGGAUAUGAUAGCUAUGCCGAAAUUGCAAUUUAUGGCAUCAGCUAGUUUAGACAAAAAUUUAAUUUUAUGGAAUACUUUAUCUAAUAAAAGAGAGCGGACAUAUAAAGAGCAUACAAAAGGAAUUGUGUCAUUAGCAUUCAAUGAGAGUUUAAUCUUAUUAUUUUCUGCUGGUUUUGAUCAUAAUUUAUGUGUUUGGAAUCCGUAUAUCGAAAGCUUAAUUUUUAAAAUAUAAGGUCAUAGCAGUCCAGUAAUCGGAGUUGUAGUUAUUGAAGGAACUUCAUAAAUUGUUUCAUUAGAUUAAGAAGGCAGCGUAAAGGUUUGGGAUACAAAGAAAUUUAACUGUGUGUAAUAAUUUAGUGUAGAGACUUAAGAUGAAAAGCACAAAUUCAAUCCAUCCAGUUUAUGUUACAUUCCUAAACCUUUGAAACUUAUAUUUGGAGGAAGAUCCAUCUAUUCUUAUGAAUAUGAUAAAAAUUAUAAUCCUAAUUCAGUAGAUGAUUAUGUUGCCGUGUGUUGUAAGUUUAUAGAAAAUUAAAUGGCUUUCUUUACACCUGCAGGAACUAAGAUAAAAAUUUGGAAUGCUUUAACAGGAGAUGUUAAAAAAAUUUACAGUGAUAUAACUACAACUGAAAUAACUGCAUUUAAAUUAGAUAAUUUAGAUAAGAGAUUUAUAAUAGGAGAUAGUAGUGGAACUGUUGCAUUAUUUAAUGUAAUUAAUGGAGCAAAAAUCAAAAAUUUACCAAAACAUUCUGGUGAAGUUGUUGCAAUUGUUCAUGCAUCAGAUAUAGGAGCUUUCUUUACUGGAUCUAUGGAUAAUAAUGUAUUUAUGACUUUAGAUAAUGAAUUUGGAGAAAGUGAAUUGUUGCGAACUUUCAUCAUUUAAGAUGGCCAAUUAACCUUUUUAAGCUAUGAUCCAGCCAUGAAACAUUUAUUGGCAGGAACUAACUCUGGUCAAAUUAGAUUUUAUGAAACUGAUACAAAUAAAUUACAUGGUGUUGCUAAUGAAUUUAAAUAAGGAGAAGAAAUUACAUCUAUUAAUUUAAUUAAAGGAAUUCCCUUUCUUAUUGUUACUAAUAGUCAAGGAAAAAUUUCAAUCAUGUCUAUGCCUCCUGUUUUGCAUAGAUUUGUAAAAAUUUAUACUUUUACCAAUCUAGAUCCUGAAAUUUCAAGUUAAUUAUUAGGAAUAUCUAAUGCAGUCUUUAGUUAAGAGAAAAAAGUACUAUUUCUAAGUGAUGAUAAAGGAUUUAUAAAAUGCUUUGAAGUUGAUUGGCUAGUAGACUUUUUGAUUAAUAUAGUCAAUGAAAAGGAUAAAGAAGAUGCUGCUAUAAAAAAAAUAAAGGGUUUAAAAACUGGAUCGUCCUAAAAUGCCAGAUAAAUGUUAGCAUUACCUAAAAUACCUUAAAGAGAAGUGAAAAUGAAAUGGAUUACCAGAGCUCAUUAUGAAGUUAUUAAGUCCUUAGAGUAUGUAGAAAAAGAAAAUUUUCUCAUUACAACUGCUUUUGAUAAAAAAGUAAAACUAUGGGAUGCUGAAACUGGUAAAUUUAUCGAUUCCUUUUAAUAAAAUUAUGAUCGUAAAGAACCCAGGCCAAUUGCUCUUAGAAGAGGUGGGACUGAAGAAAUUUAUAAUACGGAUCUAAAUGAAAGAAUUGAUCUUGAAUUCUCUCAACAAAUUCCUUAACAAGAAUAAGAUGAAUAAAUUGGAUAAAUCACUUAAAAUUAGAUUUUGGAAGAGAAAAAAUUUAACCAUUUGGAACUACCUAAAACUCCUUAAGAAGAAUUUAAUCCAUUUUUUUAUAUAGAAAAAAUUGAUUAAUCAAAAUUGUUAACUUUAAAAAGCAAUCCAGAAUGGAAAUUAGAGAUAGGAUUCAAAGAAUAUUAUGAAAAGUAUGAAUAAAAAAUAAAGACUCUAUUUGAUUAGGUCAAAAUUAAAGAGAAAGAAGUACAUGAAAAAUAAGUUAAAUAAGGAAUUCAUAAUCGUCAUUAUAAAUAGUAAAAUGUCUAAAGUGAAGAGGACAAAUAAUAUGACCUAAAUAAUAAACUAGCACUUAAAGAUGAUGAAGCUAAUAAUAAUUAUUUUAAUCAAUAAUAACCCUCUCAUCAAUACAAUUAAAAACUAAAGACAGAAUAUCUACUUUAAAAGCAUAAAAUUCAAUAAAAAGACUAACAUCAAAUCUCAUAAAGAGGGAAUCACUAAAUAAAUUUCGAUAAUAUUACAAAUUAAAGUUAAAUUGUUAAAGAAUUCAAUUAAUAGCAGUAAGACCUAUAGGAAAAUUUGAAACAUGGACUCAAAACAAGAAAUUUAACUCCUUAAAAUAAAUCUUUUUAAGUUCCUCAACUAACGAAAUCUAGCUCCUAAAAAAAAUUAAAAAAAGUAGAUCCUCAAAUAUUUGAGAAGUUGCACAAGUAAAACUUAAAGGGCAAGUUAAACUUUAACUCUGAUCCUAAAGUCUUCUUAUCAGAAGUGAUUUAUUACUUAUAUUAAAGGCUGAAUGUAAUGCUGCAUCUAAGUUUGUCGCUGUAUUAGAGAUAUAUGAUUUAACAGAUGAACGUUCACUAAAAUUUAGAGAAAUUUAAUGCAAAUCAAAAAUUAAAUUACCUAGAUUAUAAUGAUAACAUAUCAAAUAACAUAAUAUAAUCAUUCUAUUUUAAAAAUAAAAUAGAUUUCGUAAAUCAUAAUAUCUUUCUAAUUUUAAAGUAUGGCUUUAAAAAAUUUAAUCCUAUUUUAAUUUAGUCAUCUUUGAUCAUAAUCAAUUCAAUGAUUUUUAAAAUCAAAUAAUCAUUAUAUUUAAGUGAUCACGAGAAAUGA